UUUCUGCUGACUCGCUAGGAGAAUACGAACAAACACACACACAACUGAAAUUGCGGGAAAGGACAAAAAUAAGAAGAAUCCGCCAUGUCAUCACACGUCUCCGGCACCGGCCCUCCCAUGACUCCGCCGUUGGACCGUGGCGGAGACUUCGAGGUAUCUACUGAAGACUCCGGAGACUACGUUUUUGGUUUGGAGUCGGUGAUGUCUGAAGCUCAGUUCACCGGAGAAAAUGGACCGAUUCUCCCUCCGCCGGAACGUAUGGUAGCGGAGGAAGGUUUUGCCCUGAGAGAGUGGCGCCGAUUGAACGCCAUACGGCUGGAGGAGAAGGAGAAAAGGGAGAAAGAAAUUGUUAGGGAAAUAAUUAAAGAAGCAGAGGAAUACAAAGCAGAGUACUAUAGGAAAUGGAAACUUAGAUGUGAGAACAACAUAGCUGCUAACCGGGAGAAGGAGAAGUUAUUCUUGGCCAACCAAGAGAAGUUCCAUACUGAAGCUAAUAAUGCUUAUUGGAGGACAAUUGGAGAGCUUAUCCCAAAGGAGGUCCCGACCAUAGAAAAGAAAGGAAAGAAGGAUAAGGAGAAGCAGCCAUUCAUCAAUGUCAUCCAAGGACCCAAACCUGGCAGGCCAACUGAACUCUCUAGAAUGCGUCAAAUACUUGUGAAACUCAAACACAACCCCCCUGACCAUAUGAAGCCUUCUGCAAAACCAUCUUCGGAACCAGGAAAAGAUGCAACGACAGGAAUAGAAACUUCUGUUGCUUCCUCUGCAAAGCCUCAAGCUACUACUGCUGCACCUUGAAGGUUUAUUCUCUGCUGCACAAUGAAAAUGCUACUGUGUUGAUCUUGUAAAGCAGUCGUCCUUUAUAUGUUUAUGAGUUUGAGAAUAACUCCUAUCAGGAAGUUUUUACCUUCAUUUCUAGUUUUAGGAGCUAAUAUGUGCAUAGAGAAAAGUUUCUCCUAGUUUCUAUCCUUUACUGUGUUCAUAGUCUCUGCUGUAAACUUCAUCUUCAUAUCUGAAAUUUGGAGUUACAUAGUAGCUCAUUCUGUGUGA